GUUCCUGCCCUGCUUUACCGGCCUCCCCUGUUGGACUUCGAUGCUUCUUGCGGCUUUCCCGGCGAAGGUCCUGCCUCACCAGGCCUUGCCGCCAUGGAAGCCUUGAGCCCAGAAAUGCCAGUCGAGAAAGCCACACAGUCUGCAAGGGACUCCUUAUGGAAUGCUUUCAUGGCUUGGUGCCGAGCUGAAGCUAUCCCUGAGGAGACGUUUGUAUCAGAGGGCCCGGUUGACGUUGACGUCAUAAACGCUGUGAUGUCGAGAUACGGAAGGGCCCUCUAUGAGGCUGGAAGGCCCUACAACCAUUACUCUGAGACUGUGAAUGCCCUUGCCAGCAAACUGCCAAAGAUAAGGAGACUCCUUCAACCAGCCUGGGACGUAGCUUUUCAAUGGCAACGACUGGAGCCCCACAUCCAUCACCAAGCUAUGCCAUGGCAGGUGCUACCGGCGCUGAUCACGGCCUCUUUGUUUUGGGGCUGGUUAGAUGUGGCUGGUAUGAUGGCACUUGCCUGGGGAGGCCUUGGACGCAUUGGGGAGUUGUUCGCGGCGACCCGAGGGGAUCUGGGCCUCCCUUUGGAUGUGCAGGGCACCAUCGACUACAUCCUGCUGGCUAUCAAGGAACCAAAAACACGAAACACCGCCGCCCGUCACCAAACCUUGAAGCUGGACCACCCGGAGCUGAUGAGAGUGGUUUCGCUUGCGUUUGCCAGGAAGCACAGGGCCCAAUUUCUUUGGCCCUUUGCUCCUGGCACAUUUCGGCAACGCUUCGCAAAGCUCACUGAGGCCCAUGAGCUGGGACGCUUCAAAGAGGUAGGCCUCCGCCCCUUAGACCUUGGGUCUCUUUGA